GGGCUCAACGGGCAGCCGUGGCGGCUGGGUAAUGGCAACCCUGUGAGGAGGGUCUGGAAGAUCAGUCUACGCGUGAGAUACACACGGUGUGGCGAGGGCGUGGGGACGCGACGCUGACCCAGGCCUUUCCUGUUGCCAGAUUCAUUUUACUUUCCCACAAUGUCCUUGAAACCACGAGUAGUUGAUUUUGAUGAAACAUGGAACAAGCUUCUCACAACUAUUAAAGCUGUUGUUAUGCUGGAUUAUGUUGAAAGAGCAACAUGGAAUGAUCGCUUCUCAGACAUUUAUGCUUUGUGUGUGGCCUAUCCCGAACCUCUUGGAGAGAGACUUUAUAUGGAAACUAAAACUUUUUUGGAAAAUCAUGUACGCCAUUUGCACAAGAAAGUCUUGGACUCUGAAGAAAAAAUAUUGGUAAUGUAUCAUAGAAACUGGGAUGAAUACAGUAAAGGGGCAGACUAUAUGGACUGUUUAUACAGAUACCUCAAUACGCAGUUUAUUAAAAAGAACAAAUUGACUGAAGCUGAUCUUCAAUAUGGUUAUGGAGGUGUGGAUAUGAGUGAACCAUUGAUGGAGAUUGGAGAACUAGCACUUGAUAUGUGGAAGAGAUUAAUGAUUGAGCCCUUGCAGGCUGUCCUCAUUCGAAUGUUGCUCCGCGAAAUUAAAAAUGAUCGUUGUGGAGAAGAUCCAAAUCAGAAAGUAAUCCAUGGGGUUAUUAACUCCUUUGUUCAUGUUGAACAGUAUAAGAAAAAAUUCCCUCUGAAGUUUUAUCAGGAAAUUUUUGAGUGCCCUUUUCUGAAUGAAACAGGGGAGUAUUAUAAACAAGAAGCUUCAAAUUUAAUGCAAGAAUCAAACUGCUCACAGUAUAUGGAGAAGGUUUUAUGUAGGCUAAAAGAUGAAGAAGUAAGAUGUCGAAAGUAUCUACACCCCAGUUCCUACGGCAAAGUAAUUAAUGAAUGCCAACAGCGAAUGGUAGCAGACCACUUACAAUUUCUUCAUGCAGAAUGUCAUAACAUCAUCAGACAAGAGAAGAGAAAUGAUAUGGCAAACAUGUACACACUGCUUCAUGCUGUGCCAAGUGGCUUACCUCAUAUGAUUCAAGAACUACAAAACCAUAUCCGUGAUGAGGGCCUAAGGGCAACCAGCAAUCUUUCUCAGGAAAAUAUGCCCACUCAAUUUGUAGAAUCAGUGUUGGAAGUACACAGUAAAUUUGUUCAGCUUAUAAAUACUGUUUUGAAUGGUGACCAGCGUUUUAUGAGUGCCCUUGACAAGGCUUUAACAUCAGUAGUGAACUAUAGGGAACCAAAGUCUAUCUGCAAAGCUCCUGAGCUGUUGGCCAAAUAUUGUGACAAUUUGCUAAAAAAAUCAGCAAAAGGCAUGACAGAAAAUGAAGUAGAAGACAAACUUACAAGCUUCAUUACAGUUUUCAAGUACAUUGAUGACAAAGAUGUUUUUCAAAAGUUCUAUGCCAGAAUGUUGGCAAAAAGGCUUAUACAUGGUUUAUCGAUGUCCAUGGACUCAGAAGAAGCUAUGAUUAACAAAUUGAAGCAAGCCUGUGGUUAUGAAUUCACUAGCAAACUCCAUCGAAUGUACACAGACAUGAGUGUUAGUGCCGAUCUUAACAACAAAUUCAACAACUUCAUAAAAAAUCAAGACACCGUCGUAGAUUUGGGAAUUAGUUUUCAAAUAUAUGUUCUUCAGGCUGGAGCAUGGCCUUUGACCCAGGCGCCUUCAUCUACAUUUGCAAUUCCUCAGGAACUGGAAAAAAGUGUACAGAUGUUUGAAUUAUUUUACAGUCAGCAUUUCAGUGGAAGGAAACUUACCUGGUUACAUUAUCUUUGCACAGGUGAGGUCAAAAUGAAUUAUUUGUCCAAGCCCUAUGUAGCCAUGGUUACCACCUACCAAAUGGCAGUGCUGCUGGCCUUUAACAAUAGUGAAAUCGUCAGUUACAAAGAGCUCCAGGAUAGCACACAAAUGAAUGAGAAGGAACUGACCAAAACUAUCAAAUCCUUACUUGAUGUCAAAAUGAUCAACCAUGACUCAGAUAAGGAGGAUAUAGAGGCAGAGUCCACUUUUUCAUUAAAUAUGAAUUUUAGCAGUAAACGAACGAAAUUUAAAAUCACUACUUCAAUGCAGAAAGACACCCCCCAGUGCAAGGAAAUGGAGCAAACAAGGAGUGCUGUAGAUGAAGAUAGAAAAAUGUACCUUCAAGCUGCAAUUGUCCGCAUCAUGAAAGCACGAAAGUUGUUGCGACACAAUGCUCUCAUUCAGGAGGUAUCAGUGACAAUGCGGACUUCUUCAAAAGGCUGGUUAGCCUUUGAUAAGAAUGUUGCUCCUGGAAGCUACUACAAGCAUGAGAUUAUCCUUAGAAACAAACAGAAGUGUUGCCAUGGAAUUUAAUUCAGAAAUAGACCCUUCCCCCUAUCAUUUUUAUUAUUUUAUCUUUUAUUAGAAAAAGAUGUGCUACCUUUGUAUAUGAGUCAACUUUGUCCAGAGGUUAUGUAAUCUGGCUAGAAACCAGGAGGCUGUGAAUUCUAAUCCCACUUUCGACAUGAAAGUGGCUAAGUGACUUUGGACGAAUCACCAGGAGACUGUGAAUUCUAAUCUUGUCUAGCCAUGA